AUGGAUGACCUCUCCGCAAAUGCUACAGCCUAUGGCAAAGGUGCUGUCAUCAUAACUAAAUAUAAGCUGGCCAAGGCUGACGAUCUGCGGGAGACGCUUAAGUUACAUCUCCUUGAUCAGGUUGAUCUGCUGUUGCUUGAUAUCUGGAAACCAAUGGCACUACCCAUGCUGAAGCUGGUCCAGCCAAAGCUGAAGUAUGGCACUGUCGUAGUGGUGGAUAACAUGCUAAGCUUGGCGGAGGGAUACAAGGAGCUCCUGGAGUAUGUGCGCGCCCCUGGGAGUGGGUUUAGUACUUUGACGUUGCUGUAUAAAGGGGGGCUGGAGAUGAGUGUCUACCUCCCGUGUCAGUAG